AUGGCUGAAGACCACCUCAGCAUCACGCGCGCACGAAUUCAAAGUACCAGUACAAAGCUGAAAUCCGAUCCGAUCCGUCCCGGAAACCGGGAACAAGACCGCAACUCCGUUGUGGAUAAACAUGAUUUCGAAGCCGCUGCAGAUACGUUGUGUAUUAUCAACCUGUUGCAGUGUAAUUCCAUAACUGUUCUAUCAGAAAUUCCUAUUACAAUCCUCUUUCGAGCUCUGGGUUUGGAGACCGAUCAAGAAAUUGUGCAGCUAAUCUCCCUGAACCAGGAGGAUAACGAAAUUCACGAAUGGCUGAAGCCGUCGCUGAUGUAUGCUCAAGCCAUUCAGACGCAAGAACACGCUUUGAAUUUCAUUGGCAAUCGCAGCGCAAAGCCAGCCGUCGUUAGGUCCGAAAGGAUUAGAUUCGCCAAGGACAUGCUCGAGAAGAAUGUUUUGCCACACGUUGGCACAAGAGCCGAUUGUUCACGACGAAAAGCGUUCUUCUUGGGCUACAUGGUCGACCGGCUAAUUCGCACAGCUAUGGGACGGUGCGAUUGUGUCGACCGGGAUCAUUAUGCGAACAAGCGCCUAGAGCUCGUCGGUCCGCUAUUUGCCACCCUCUUCCGUCAGCAGUUUCAAAAACUGCGGAAGGAAAUGACGCUUACGCUGGAGAAAGAGUUGCAAAGAAAGCCUAAUAUUACAACUGGGCUGAAUGUCGCAUUAGCCCUGAAGAGCCGGAUCAUCACGGAUGGCAUGCGCUACGCCCUGGCCACCGGCAACUGGGGGGAAGCCCGACGUUGUCAGACGAAUCGGCGUCCAAGAUGGCUCGGCCCCGGCAGCUGCACAAUACACAGUGGGCAUCGUCUGUCCCUCCUAGACACCACCGAAUUGGUGGGCUUGAUCAAUAAUUUGAGUCUCAUGGCUUGUGUCAGUGUCGGAUCGGACGUUGUGGUUGUGCGCGACGUUCUGGAAGCCUGUAAAGUGGUACCGUUGUUAGAGAUUGACCCGGCUAUGGCAGCUAGUAUAUUGUACCCAGAUGAUUCGGCUCCUCGGAAAUGCGGCGCGCGUAUUUUUGUGAACGGAGAUUUCUUUGGUUUCCAUGAGGAUCCGGAGGAAGUCGUGCAGCUGAUGCGAAUAGCAAGGUUUGAGCAUUUUCUUCGAGCCGGUGCCAUAGAAUACAUCGAUGUCAGGGAAAAGGAAAAGAUUCUCAGCGCGAUGUAUCCUAGUGAUUUGAAUUUCGCGUCGCGAAAUUGCACGCACUGCGAGAUCCAUCCUUCGAUGAUUUUGGGUGUGUGUGCGUCGACCAUACCGUUUCCGGAGCACAACCAGUCUCCUCGGAACACCUAUCAAGCCGGCAUGGCCAAGCAAGCCUUGGGUAUUUACGCGACCAAUUAUGCCAGUCGUUACGACAAUGAUUGCCAUGUUAUGUAUUAUCCUCAGCAGCCUAUCGUCAGCACGAAGACCGAACGGCUGAUCCUGAAAAACGACAAGCUGCCAGCCGGGGCGAACUGCAUCUUGGCCAUUGCUUCCUACACCGGCUACAAUCAAGAGGAUUCGCUUAUAUUAAAUACGGCAUCGUUGCAGAGAGGUCUUUCUCAGCACACAUUUUAUUGGACAUACGAAGCUACUGAGGAAAAGAAAAUCUCCGGUAAACAUGCAGAGUAUAAUCAGGUUCCGCCCACUCAGUGCGAAGGUAUGCGGAUGGAUGCCAUGUACAGCAAAUUGGAUCGCGAUGGCAUAAUUAGACCGGGAACAAGAGUGUCUGGAGCGGACUGUAUUAUCGGAAAGGUCAUCGAAAUGCGAAAUACCGGGGACGUACGUAGACAGUAG